AAGACGAUAAAAUAGAGAAAAGGAGUAGAAUAGAAAUAAGGGCAAAGAUCAUACGAAAAUGGGGAGGAGGAAGCUGGAAAUAAAGCGAAUCGAAGAUAAGAACAGCCGGCAAGUCACUUUUUCAAAACGCCGUUCCGGCUUGUUCAAGAAGGCUCGUGAACUCUCCGUUCUUUGCGACGUCGAGAUCGCUCUCGUCAUCUUCUCCAGUCGCGGCAGGCUUUACGAGUUCUCCGGAGGCAAGAGUUUGGUCAAGAUUCUUGAACGCUACUAUGGACAAGAAUCUGAGGCUUCAAAAGAUGAUACUGAAGCAGUCCUUUCACUUACAGAGCUACUUCAUAUGGUUCAAAGUCGAGUAGAAGAACCAAGUAUUGAGCAGCUGAGCUUGAUGGACCUUGAAAAACUAGAGAUGCAACUUGCUGCAGCACUUUACAGAACAAGAGCUAGAAAGACACAGCUGGUGCUGGAGACCAUUUUGACCCGCCAAGAAAAGGAAAAGUUGUUGAAAGCAGAAAAUGAUGUAUUAGAGAGGGAGAUUGCAGCAAUGGAGAAGAAUGAAGAUUACGGGAGUGAAAUGGGGACAGGGUUGAUGAGCAACACAGAAAACUUGGGUCAUCAUCAUCUUCCCCACAUGCAAACCCUUAUGCUGCUUCCGUAAUAAGAUGGACGGGUCAAACAAAAUGCGGUGGCACCGAUUGCCGAUGCGAAAUUAUUGAAUAAACAUGGUUAGUGUUAUUUAUUGUCGUCGUCUCGUUUUUCAAUGUCCUUCGUUUGUGGUUACGUCGGGGCAUACUAAAAGUAUUAAAUUAUAACCGUAACGUA